AUGGCUGCGGGAACAUGUGAAAGAAUGCGCCGGUUUCCAAAGAAGAGCAGAGGAAAAGUACGUAGCGGUCGAGUCCAGGAGACUGGACAAAGAAGCACAACAAGAGACAGAGAGAGAAACUCAGAUGAGGCUCUCUCACAGAGAGUUCAGCUGCAGCACGAGAACUUCUUUUGUCCAAUCUGUCUGGAGCUUCUGAAGAGACCAGUGACGACUCCCUGUGGACACAACUUCUGUCUGGACUGUAUUAAGACCUACUGGGAUGGGAUGACGAUCUACAGCUGUCCUCAGUGUAGAAAGACCUUCAUGCCGAGACCUGAACUAAUGAAAAACACCAUGUUAGCAGAUUUAGUGGAGGAGCUGAAGAAGACUGAAGUUCACACUGCUCCUGCUGAUCACUGCUAUGCUGGAGCUGAAGAUGUGGCCUGUGAUGUCUGCACUGGCAGGAAAUACAAAGCUCUGAAGUCCUGUUUGGUUUGUUUGGCCUCUUACUGUGAGGAACAUCUCCAGCCUCAUCAUCAGUCACCUCCAUUUAAGAAACACAAGCUGGUGGAGCCCUCCAAGAACCUCCAGGAGUACAUCUGCCCUCUUCAUGACGAGGUGAUGAAGAUGUUCUGCCGCACUGAUCAGCAGUGUAUCUGUUAUCUCUGCUCUGUGGAGGAACAUAAAGACCACGACGCAGUCUCAGCUGCAGCCGAAAGAACGCUGAGGCAGAGAGAGCUGGAGCUGAGUCUUCAGCAGAGACUCCAGGACCGAGAAGAAGAUGAGAAGGUGAUGCAUCAGGAGUUGGUGGCUCUCAAUAUCUCUGCUGAUAAAGCAGAAGAGGACUGUGAGAGGAUCUUCACUGAGAUGAUCCAACUGCUGCAGAGGAGAAGCUCUGAUGUGAAACAGAAUAUCAGAUCCAAGCGAGAAACUGAAGUGAGUCGGAUCACUGAGCUGAAGAGAGGAGAUCCUAAACUGAAGCAGCUCUCGCUUACACACAAUCACGCCCACUUUCUCCUCAACUACCGCUCACUGUCAGCUCUCAGUCCAUCUGCACACUCGUCCACCAUCAAUGUCCAACCUCAGAGAUACUUUGACGACAUGAUCGCCGCUGUGGCAAAGGGCAGAGGUCAACUACAGGACGUCCUGACUGAUACGUGGGCAAACAUCUCAUGGAUAGAGACACGAGUGGAUGAUUUACUGCCACAACCAGAACCAAAGACCAGAGCUGAAUUCCUCAGAUAUUCACAGGAAAUCACACUGGAUCCAAACACUGCUCACCGAUGUCUGUCCUUAUCUGAGGGAAACAGAAAAGUCAAGUUCAUGGAGAGAGAUCAUUCUUAUCCUGGUCAUGCAGACAGAUUCACCGAUGUGAGGCAGGUCAUGAGCAGAGAAAGUCUGACCGGACGUUGUUACUGGGAGAUGGAGUGGGACGGGUUGAUCGGAGUGAACGUUGCAUUGACGUACAAGAACAUUGGCCGAGCAGGGAGAUCGGAACAAUGUGACUUUGGCAACAACGACAACUCGUGGGCUCUGGUUUGUUUCCACCACGGCUGUACCUUUAUUCACCGUUGCGUCAAAAUGGAAGUGUCUCGCGGUUGGUCCUCUAGAGUAGGAGUUUACCUGGACCACAGAGCAGGUCUCCUGUCCUUCUAUGGAGUCUGUGACACCAUGACUCUGCUCCACAGAAUCCACACCACGUUCACGCAGCCGCUCCACGCUGGAGUCGCGCUUCAUUUACCUGGAGACAGAGCUCACUUCUAUGACACACCAAGUACUCUGCCUUCUGUUCUACCUGCAUACUCUGCCUUCGUAGCCGGUCCAAGAUGGCUCUCUUCAGCUGGGCGAAGUUGUGACAGAGAAGCUGCUGGCAGGCUGUGCGUGGCCAGCUGCGCCACCCCAGUAAGCAGGGGAAGCAGUUGGACUGCCCUCUCCUCCUCGGGCCACCCACACGCCUCCGCCAUGCCCUCGAAGAUGUCCAGGAACGCCUCCGGAUUAUCCUCCGCGGUCAUACGUUGUAGGGCGACAGGCGGAGGCCCUACAGCCCUGGGUGGCCGGGCGCUGCAGCAGCUCCCACAGGAGAGCACGGUCAUCCUGCUGGGCCGCCGCGAUGUCUGCAAGGACCUGGGACUGCUGCUGCUGAAGUGUGGUGGUGCUCUCCUGCAUCGCAGUGAGGUGCUGAAGUGCCAGUGA